UAUUGCUACAGCACAUUCAUAGUUGCUCCCUCCAUACUCAUUUACUCACUGCAUUUCACAAGCUGCACCACUAUCGGCGCCGCCGGUGCCCUAACCACAGCGCCGCCUCGGAUAUACGUAAUAGAUCGAAUGGCGCCAAAGACCAAGGUUACAGUGAUGGUUUACAUAGGAUGUCAUAUAAAACAAGAUGAGUGGUCAGUGGCAUACGAUCGUCCACCUCGGACAUUCUUCAGAGUCGAUCGAAAAACGUUGUUCUCUCAAUUAUUAUCUAAAUUGUACGAAUGCACGAAGGUCGACAAGACUCAAUUUUAUUUGAGGGUGUUUUCCAAAUGGGUUCGAUUAUACGUAAAUCGAAUCAAGGAGACGCUUUUAGAGGUAAAAAAUGACGAAGAACUUCAAAUGUUUUUGGAUCCCGAAGAAAAUUGUGACGAAAUGCACGUUUUCAUCAGAAGGGAAUCGAUAAAUCGCAAUAUUGCUAAUAUACCGCCUACGGUGAGAAAUGAAUGGGGCAAGUAUAUGUCACUUUUGUCACAAGACAAUGUUGCUAACGUGGGAUUGGGAAAAAUUGGGGCUUUUAAUUCGAAGGAACGAUUUAAUUUAAACUCGAAUUUUAAUACUCCUAACGUGGGUGGUGUGGGGUUUCGAGACACUUGUGCUAGUUCUUCGACACCGGUUUAUGUCAAUCCUGGAAAUCCUAUGAAUGAAUCAAGAAAGAGAAUUUCCGAUUCGAAUUUAGAAAUUGGAGAAGUUGCAAAUCCAAUCGGCGACAAUAAUAAUGUGGAGGAGGCAUCAUCAAAACGAAAAGUUGUUGCGAAAAGACCACUUGCCGCCCACAACGAAAAAGUGAUUCUAAAGGAGUUUUUCGCAAAGGCUUAUCCGGAAAUACCCGCGGACUCGAUUGAUGUUCCGAUAGGGCCGUGGGCAAAGACCUACGAUCGCAGUACAGGUGUUCUCGAAGUGGGGAUGAUGUUUAAUAGUAAAAAUGGUUUGGUGUGUGCGGUUGAGGAUUACUCCACUCGAUUUGCGAAGCGCGAGUAUAGAGUGGUGGAUAAUGCGCCGAAUUCUUGGAAAGUGGUGUGCAAGCAUGGCACUGCGGAUAGACCUUGUAGAUGGUGGGUGAGAGGGUUGGUGAAAGCUCAUAAACUCCACUUCACUAUUACGAGGUAUGGUGGGGACCACACGUGCGUGGUUCCGAAUGUCGAUUAGUAUGCAUAAUGCAUAUGUUGUGAUUCUUAGAAGUAGGUAUUUUUGUGUGUUUGUGUGUAGAAUUAGAACUUGAAAAUUUUAAAUUAUGUAUUAGUAGGUUGAUGAAUUUUGUAUUGUAUCUAUGUUUUGAGUAAUGUUUGAUCUUAUGGUCCCAAA